AGCACACCAAGAAAGACAAAGACACAAACCUCUAGACUACUUACACACAGGUCGACGCCGUGGAAGUGGUGUAUGACGAUAAUAACACGAAAUGGCUGCUGAGAGAAGCAAGAAAAUGAAGCAGAGAAGGGAGCAGACGGAAAAUCACUCCUCCCUUGCAUCUGGAUGAGCACCUCUGCUCCUAUCAUUUUCGUGUCGACACGACGGACACACAAUGGACGCCCAAGGGUCUGGGGACUGCCCUUAUUUUGAAACACGGCCAUUCUAGCGCCGUCACCGGUUCGAGAGGACCGACGGCAUCCAUGGGUUCGUAAACGCACACGACUUGAGACGGCCUUCACAGCUGUCUAUCAUGACAACAGGCAUGGCAGAGGGCCAGAGCUGCACCCAAAGAUCGGAUCCUGGCAGAUUUACCAAGAUCGCGGGAGCCUCAGAAAGACCCCAGUCCACCACGUCUCUUUGGAGAUCACUGCAAGUUAGCCGGCAGCGGGGCUGUUUCGCCUUGUUAUAUCCCUGUCGGUACCACUUCCAGUGGGUUUGGAGUUCCCUUGAGAAACGCUUCCCUUUUCUAAAAAAAAAAAAAAAAAUUCUCUGUUUCACCAACAAGUGUCCUCUAGCUUUCUUUUGCUGCUUAUUUUGGCCAUGUUUGUCUUGUUUCGAGGCCUUCGCGAACAAAGAAGAAGACCGACAAUGUGUCAGUGUCAGAAGGCUUACAUACCUAGUAAACGAUGGGUCGGAUUCAACAUGUGGUGAUGCCCCCCAUCCCGCCGCCAACGCCAAGCCAGCGGCCGGUGCACGCUUUGUUCUCCCUCCAACCCUCUCAGUCUUGCUGCACAUGACCAAGUGGAAUACAUCGUUACCUCUCGGGGAAUCCUGUGGCAAAUGCCGUCGUCACGAGUGGUGAAUGGGAUGCGCAGUAUCCAAGAAACAUCUGAGACACUGUUCUUGGGUGCGGCAGCUUUGGAGGCACGCCACUGGUGGACGAGUCCCCCCCUGGUGUGUAGCCAGAAGUAGCGCCGCCAUCCGCUACAUCAUCACGACCCCAGUUCUGUAAGCGCCAAUUGGGAACACCCAACAACCUAUCAC